AUGCCUUCUCCUUCUUCUUCACCCCUCACUGUACUCUCCAAAUGCACUUUAUACCCUAACCAGAAGUCCACCCUCUCAGACCUCAAGCUCUCCAUCUCCGACCUUGCCAUGCUCUCUUGUCACUACAUUCAAAAAGGUUGUCUCUUCCCCCUGCCUUCUCUACCCUUUCACUCUCUCCUCCCGCACCUCAAGUCCUCCCUCUCUCGCACUCUCUCUCACUUCCCUCCUCUCGCCGGCCGCCUUACUACUGAUUCCCACGGCUAUGUUUACAUCACCUGCAACGACGCCGGCGUCGACUUCCUCCAUGCCUGCGCCCCCGGUUACUGCAUUCGCGACCUCUUGUCCCCACCCGACGUCCCUGACCCCUUUAAGCGUUUCUUCACCUUUGACAAAAAGGUCAGUUACACCGGCCACUUCAGCCCACUUUUGGCCGUUCAGGUCACCGAGCUUGCAGACGGGGUCUUCAUCGGUUGUGCCAUGAACCAUGCCAUCGCUGACGGCACGUCGUUCUGGAAUUUCUUCAAUACCUUCGCCGAAGUGUGUAGAGAGGCCACUAAAAUCUCCAACGUACCCGAUUUCCGUCGGGAUUCGAUUCUGAUUUCCAAAGCGGUCCUAAAAUUUCCCGAAGGGGGGCCAGAGGUCACGUUCAAUCCAUACGAACCAUUGAGGGAGAGAAUUUUCAGCUUCAGCAGAGAAGCCAUACAAAAACUGAAAGCCACCGUGAACAGCCAGAAACUCAGAACUGACGAGGAGCUUAACGCCAUCGAGUGGAUAGGGAAGCAAAGCAACGAUAAUUACCAUAACAACAAAGGCAAAGUUGAGGAGAUAUCGUCGUUCCAGUCACUUUGCGCGCUGCUAUGGCGAGGCGUGACGCGUGCGAGGAAGUUGCAUCCGUCGAAAACGACAGUGUUUAAGAUGGCAGUGAACUGUCGAAUGAGAUUAGCACCCAAAUUGAAUCCAUACUAUUUCGGGAACGCGAUUCAGAGCAUACCCACGUAUGCCACCGCAGAGGACGUCCUGUGUAGGGGUCUACGGUGGUGUGCGGAGGAGCUGAACAAGAACGUGAAGGCGCACGAUGACGCUAAGGUGAGGCAUCUCGUAGAGGAAUGGGAGAGUAACCCGAGGUGCUUCCCGCUGGGGAAUCCGGACGGCACAGCGGUGACGAUGGGGAGCUCGCCAAGAUUUCCGAUGUACGAUAACGACUUCGGUUGGGGGAGGCCUGUGGCUGUUCGGAGCGGGGGAGCGAACAAGUUCGACGGGAAGAUAUCGGCUUUUCCGGGGAGAGAAGGAGGUGGGAGCGUGGAUUUAGAGGUGUUAUUGGCGCCGGAGACGAUGGAGGGGCUGGAAUCGGACCUGGAGUUCAUGGCUUACGCAUCGAGUUCUUGGUGCAAUUGAUGACGAUGCUCUGACUAACGUGGACCCUUUGUUUUUUUAGAUUAGUGCUGAUGAUUUGAAUUGUGACAUCUGUGGUUUUU